AUGAACGUGGCGUUUGUGGUUAACGGUGGUAAGGAGCUUGUGAUGCCGCGGUUUGAUAAUGUUUUGAAUGGGUGUACUGCGAAGAGAACGAUUACACUCGCUGAACAGCUUGUAAGCAAGGGGAUGCUCAUAAGUGUGAGAGUUAUGGAUAUGACAGUCGAAGAUGAAAAGAAAGGUGAUGAGAUGAUGCUUCUUGGAAGCGGAGUUCUCGUCAAACCUGUGAUUCAAUGGGAUGAAGAAGUUAUUGCUGAUGACAUGAGUUCUGGUCCACCUUCUGUUCGUGUGCUUGUUCCAUACUGA